UUCCGCGCCGCUGCCAUGGCCUGCGGGCUCCAGAGGCUGUUCGGGGACCUGGAGGAUGAGGAUUUCCUCUCGGCCGUGGAGGACGCCGAGAACCGGUUCCUGGCUCCCGGAGCCCCAUCCCUGAGCCACGGCGCUCCCGGAGCUCAGCCCCCGCAGCACCGCCCCGGCCCCGCGCUGCGGCCCCUGGCCGGGGGCUGCCGGAGCCCCCCGGCCCCGCGGGAUGCGCCGGGCCCCGGCCUCCUCCUGGAGGGCCCCGAGCGCGGGGAGCGGCGCCCCCGGGAAUCGGGGGCCCUCAAGAGGCCGCGGGAGGGAGCGGGGCCGGGCCCCCCCUCUGCCCCCCAGGCAGCGCCCAGGCUGGGGCUGCGGCCCAGCGCGGCCGGGACCUGCCCCCCCGCGCCCCCCGUCCCCAUGGGAAAGCCCCGGGGCUGCAUCCCCGCUCCCGCGGCUCCAUCCCCGAGGCCUUUCCAAGCCCCCCCGCACCAGGCGGGAACCGGGAGCCCCCCCAUGGAGCCACGGGGGCCGCAACCCCCUCAGGCCCCCCCCUGCCCCUCGGCGCUGCAGAGCCCGGUGGUCACCAACCACCUCGUGCAGUUGGUGGCAGCGGCCAGCAAAGCACCGGGGGCUGCCCCCCGGCCGCCAGCGCAGGGCAAGACCCGGCGGUUCCCAGGGCCCGCUGGGAUCCUGCCCCAGCAGCACGCUGGGAAGCUGCUGGAGGAGAUCCUCAUUUCUGCUCCCCAAAUUCCGUGUCACGGGGCCAUGGCAAAGCCGCAGACAGAGGGCAUGCCCAGCUCCUCGCUGCCCACAGAGGAGGAUUUCGGGAAGGGGCCCUGGCUCACCAUGAAAACAGAGCUGGAGCUGGAUGAGAGGGACCCCGGCUGCUUCCUCCGCACCUACAGUGUGAUCAUGGUGCUGCGGAAGGCAGCCUUGAAGCAGCUCCCCAGGAACAAGGUCCCCAGCAUGGCCGUGAUGAUCAGGACCCUGACCAGGACCAACGCUGAUGCUGCUGCUGUGUUCCGGGACCCAACCGGGGAGAUGCAGGGCACGGUGCAUCGCCUGCUGCUGGAGGAGAGACAGAGCGAGCUCCGGCCGGGCUCCGUGCUGCUCCUGAGGCAGGUGGGUGUGUUCUCCCCAUCCCACCGCAACCACUACCUCAACGUCACCCCCAACAACCUGCUCAAGAUCUACCCAGCAGAGCCCGAGGCCAGCUUCUCACAGCCAUCACCAGCACGGCAGGAGGUGCCUCCUCAUGCCCCAGCGCACCCCACAGAGCCCCCCCGCGGUGUCCCUGCCCCUGGUCACUGGGGGGGACACUCGAGGCCCCACGGCACAGAGCAGGCAGCUGGGCAGGAAGAGCCAGAGGGAGCUGGAGGCUAUGAUGUAGAUGACCUGGACGGGCUCCUGGGGGAGCUCCCGGAGGAUUUCUUCUCUGCUCCAGCCCAAGCUGACUGCUGCUGACCCCAGGGCUGCACCAUGGCCUGGGCUGGGCCGUGCUGAGGAUGCUGAGCAGGUGCUGCCCCGGCUGCUCCUUUCCCUGUGUGUUCUCUAUCCAGCCUAACCCCCCAUUAAAGGGCUGUUCUAUCCCUGCA